CGCCGCCCUUGUGGCCGCUCCGUGGAGCCUGGCACGGACUCGGUGUCCCGGCGUGCCGCGGGCCGCGGGCGGGCGGGCAGAGGUGGGAAAGGCGGCAAGGCGGGCAGCGCUGUGGAAGGCGUUGGGGCUGCGCGGUGUCGGGGAAGAGUCGCAGAGUGUGUCUGAGCCACAGCAGGAUGGAGGAGCCCGCUGGGAACCUUCCCAUCCGGAGAGACACCCUCCUUUCCGAGUCGUGCUGUGAUCACGUCUCCGUAACCAGCCUGGUGGAAGUGCUGAGAUCUUUGGUGGCUUUAACUGACCCUCAGGAGGGGAAGCUGACUCAGUCUCAAGAGAAAGCACUAAACUCGCUGGGCAUUUGGAAAACUGUAUUUAGAGUUGUUCUUGGGCCUACAUCAAAGACCUCAGUGGAGUGACAGCUCGAAGAUGGGAGACCAGGAGGCAGGUGAACCUUUUCUGGGGAUAGUGGCUGAUGGUGCCAGAGACUACGAAGGAGCUCUGCCCUCAGACACAGUGUCACUCAGCGACUCUGACUCUGAUGACUUGGGGCUGCCGGGUGAAGCAGAAGUUGAUACAAUAUCUCCAGAGGAGCCCUUCGUAGAUGAAGGGGAUUUCAGAUCAGGAGAGACACCCGACUCUUCAAACAGCAGUCACAGAUCUCCUGUCCAGCCAUUCCAUCUGAAGGGCAUGAGUUCUACAUUCUCUCUGCGUAGCCAGAGCAUUUUUGAUUGCCUGGAAGAGGCAGCCAAGCUGUCUGUGCCCUCGAUGCCUGAAGAUAAUGUUGUUGACGGGAGGUUUAAGCGUCCGUUGCCUCCAACAGUUUCAGGUAACAUGGUCCCAGAAAACAUGGGAAGGCAGGCCAGAGCAGUGCAGGCUCCCAGAAGCUCUCCUGCAGUGCCUGACUACGUGGCACACCCAGAGCGCUGGACCAAGUACAGCCUAGAGGGAGUUUCUGAGUCCAGUGACAACACUAACAGGGCCGUGGCCAUGGAGUUUCUGGGUGGUUUGAAGAAAAGAGGGGAGCAGCAGAGCUCGGCUACCCAAGACAGCUACACCCCAUCCUUCAACCAGGACCCUUCCAGCUGUGGAGCUGGGAGGAUUGUCUUCACCAAACCAACUAAAAGAGGUGUUGAUGGACUGGAAAAGAAAACACCAACAGGGGAGGAUGAUAAGAAACAGAUGAAGACAGAUCUGAAAGGAAAAUCUCUUAAGAAGAGUGAUGACUUGAGGGAAGAAGAUAAGGUUGAGCUGGGGCACUUAGACAGUGACAGUGGAAAGGCAGCAGAGGAGGAGGAGUGCAUGAUGGAGAGGGACCAGAGCACAGAAUAUAAACCUGAUGCAAGGCUUAGUGGUGCAGGUGAAGAGCCAUCACUGGGAACAGUUGGAUUCCACUGCAGUAAGAAGAAGAGCAGGAAAAAUUUCCGACCUAAAGUAGAUGAUGAGGGGGAGGAGGAAAAGUCCUGAAGGAGGAAGCCCAUUGGAGACAUCCCAGGACUUGUCUUGUUCUUUUUUUUUUUUUUUUUCUGGUCUGUUUUGUCCAACAGUUUGCAUCAUAGCCACCAAGAACUUUUUAUAUUGUUAGAAAUUAAGCUUCCUAAAAUAAACUCCAGCCUUUCUGUUUAUGAGAAGUUCAUGGGCACAGGAUAGUUGCAUCUUGGCAGGAGAGAAUAAAGUGUGCUUUGUUUGCUUGAACAGCUCCCUGGGUCUUGCUCUGGAGCUGAGUAUCCAAAGAAACAGAAGUGUUAGCUUAAAGGCUGCAGGGAUUCCUAGUAACUCCCAGUUUUUGGAAUUGUUCCCAAAUCCUGUGGAAUCCUGGAGAAAAGGUGAUGAGCUCAUUAUGUAGAGGUUUUUAAACAAUGAAAAUAAAACCUAGUCUUCCACUGGAUGUGACUUCUCCUGGCCCUGCCCCAGGAGGGAAAACCCUUUAACUUUUUUGUUUAAAAACAUCUUUCUCUCAUUGGCUUUGAGGGUGAAGGCACAACAGUGCCCAGUUAUAUGAUGUGAUGAUCUGCACCUUUGUAAGUCCUUUCCAGGAGGUGCUGCUUCCCUAUUGAUUCUGUAUGUGGAUUGGGGUAUUUGUGGGAAUGAGAUUUAUACUGGAACUGGAGACAUUUUUGUUCUAUCUGAUACAAUAAACUUGUGGUUGUAACGUGAUUUCAUCUCUGAACCACCCUGAGUAAUGCAGCUAUAGGAGUUCUACCAAACAUUUUAUUUGAUUUCAGAACUGUCUUGAAAAUCUUUUAAAAGUAUUGCUCUAACUUUGCCAUCUUGUUAACUUUUCCCUCAUGUCUUAUAGAUUCUAAACCUCACAUUUUUAACAUUUUCAAUCAUUUUACAAUGUAUAAUCCUCUCAUAGGAUGAGUCAUCUCAUACAAUGAAUCACAUUGUAAGGAAUGUCAAAUAUAGUGGGUUUUUUCCACAGUAUUAGUAAAUUUAAUAAAUAAGGCUGAAAGAUUAAAUUCUUUGAAAGGUUACAUGAUUUGGAACUCAUUCUGGUCAGUUUGAACUGACAUUUUUUUGGUCAGUAUUCUAAAUGAAUCAAACCCAAGGGUAGUAUUUAUAACUGUGUAGUGAAAGAUUCAUUCUUAAGAGUUUGUGAUAUUUCUUGUUAGACUGUGCUUGCUCAAACUCUGAAGGGUGUUUGAGGGGGUGACUUCCUCUGAAGGGGAGAUCCAUCUUAAUAUUUAACUGGGAGGCCCAAAUCACUUGGAUUUUGUGUUUGAACAGAUACAUCAUGUGGCAAAAGCAAUAGAAAACAGUAAAAAGGAGCAGUUGUGCUCUAUUUUUCUGUACUCACCUUUUAGUUUUCAGAGCAGAAUGUAUUUUUUCAUGAGUGUGCAGUUGGAUGCAGAUUUCUUAGUGGGUCGUGGCAAACACAUUUCUUGUUCCAGUGCAUGGGACUGGACACACACAGCAAAUCCAAAUGGAUAGAUUUAGGGUUCCAGUGGAUAAUUAGUGUGCUGAUCACGAUGAAAGUAGUAGCCAUUUCAAAGUGGAAGCUGCUGCCAAGAGCAAGGGGUGCUGGUUGUGAGAUAUCUGUUAUUUCUUAAUAAAAAAAGGCAGCUCAGUAGUUCAGACUUACUGGGUUUAUGAGUUCUGCUUGCUCAGGGUGAGGAACAGGUAGGACUAUCAAAAUUCCGUCAGUGCUGAUGGAGUCACAGGCCUGGGGCACAGCUGAAUAAACUGGACAAAUGCCUGUUUCAUGAAGCCAUCAUAACAAGAUUAAUAUAUGUUAAUAAAAGGCUCAUUUUUGUCAGAGCUGAGAUUUAUUUUUUUUUUC